AUGACGACGGGCGGCGCUGUGAUCUACGAGUACUACGGCAACUUGUACGCUGGUGCCGCGAGCAACAGUUUGAACGAGGAGUGGCGCUACCGCACGGAAACGCAUCAGAUCAUCGUGAGCUCCAACAACCAGUGCCUUGAUGCGUACAAGGACAGCGCGUCCGGGGAGUAUCGCGUCCACGUGUAUCCUUGCGAAGACAUCAACCGCAAUCAGUACUGGACAAUCGACAGCGCUCGGCAGCGCAUCCGACACUUGACGCACCCCAACCUGUGCCUCGAUGUCGACCCGACGCAGAACAACAAGGUGCAGGUGUGGACCUGCUACCUCGACGCGCCCAACCAGCGCAUCAUGGUCACCGAAGACGCGAUCAAGCUCAGCGCGUUCAAUGGCCGGUAUCUCGCGAGCGACCAAGGCAUUGCGCGGUUUGUGGACGUCUGGGGCGAGCCGAUUGAAUGGAUCGUCAGCACUGUCGACUUGACGUGGCGUUGGCGCUUGCAAUUCUUCAGCAGCAACGAGUGCUUGGACGCGUACGAGCCCUGGAACGGUGGCACCGUGCACACGUGGCCCUGCGACUCUAACAACGGCAACCAAAAAUGGCGCUACGACCCGGCUACCGGCCAGCUGCGCCACGCGACGCACACAGGUUUUUGCCUCGAUAUGUCGACAACGGACUUCAACAUGGAGUUUGGUACGAGACCGUACCUCUGGGAGCGCAAAACGCCCGCCAACAAAUUGCAAGUGUUUACCUACGAAUCGCAGAGGUUCGAAAACUAAGACAGCGUCGCUUCGUUUUGAAAUAAGUAUGACGUUAUUUUCCA